AAAAUAAAAUAAAUUUUCUAUCUUUGACAACUGAAAUAAUUAAACAAUAUUCAGCUAUGGAAGAAGAAGUAAACAAAUUAAAAACUUGGCCUCAUAUGACGUUUUAUUCAUUGAGUAAAUCUUUCUUUAUAAAAUUGGCAACUGUUGGUAUAAUUUGGGGAGUUGGCUUUUUGAACUGGAAUUUUGCAUGGCUUGUUCCUCCGAUUGCAUUUGUUGUAUUGAAAAGUGAACGAAAAAGGGAUGGAGACUUAAAAAGAUUAACAGCUCAAGCUACUGCAUUAUCAAAAGAAAAAAUUAUUAUUGAAAGCAGAAUUGAUGAAUUACCUACAUGGGUGUAUUUUCCAGAUUAUGAUAGAGCAGAAUGGUUAAAUGGAAUUCUUUAUAAGCUAUGGCCAAGUGUUAAUCAUUAUGUUCGAGAUCUGUUUAAAAAUAAUAUUCAAUAUACAAUUUCUGAAUGUAUUGCUGAAUACCAAAAAAAAAUUCCAGGGAUGGGACAAGAAUUUCGUUUCGGUAGGCUUGUUUUAGGACGAAUUCCACCAAAAAUCAAUGGAAUUAAAGUUUACGAUAAACAUACAUCUAGAAAUGAAGUAGUACUUGAUAUGGAUGUAAUGUAUGCUGGAGAUUGUGAUAUUACAUUUACUAUGGGAACUUUAAAGGCAGGAAUAAAAGAUUUUCAGUUGCGGGGUAUGUUGCGAGUAGUAUUAAAACCAUUAAUACCAAUCAUACCAAUUGUGGGAGGAGUACAGGCAUUUUUUUUGAAUUGUCCAAUUAUUGAUUUUAAUCUGGUUGGUGUAGCUGAUGUACUUGACCUUCCUGGAUUUAGUGAUGUACUAAGAAAGAUAAUUACAGAACAAAUUGCUGCUAUUGCUGUGCUUCCAAAUAAAUUUAGUAUGCCACUUUCCGAAGACGUGCCUGCGCAGGUGCUGAAAACCCCUGAACCAGAAGGUAUCCUCAGAAUUCAUGUGGUACAGGCUAAGCAUCUUAUGAAAAAAGAUUUCAGCAUGCUAGGUAAAGGAAAAUCUGAUCCAUAUGCUAUUAUUACAGUAGGAGCUCAAGAAUUUAAAACAAAAACUAUUGAUAAUACAGUAGAUCCCAAAUGGGACUUUUGGUGCGAGGCUGUGAUCAAUAGUAUCCUUAGACAAGAAGUCGAAUUAACUGUAUGGGACUGGGAUCCAAACGUCCCCGGGGUACACGUUGAUGAUUUUCUUGGCAGAGCGACUAUCGAAGUAAGCCGAGUGAAGAAAAAGGGGACCAUUGAUACGUGGAUAUCACUGGAAUUAGCCAAGCAUGGAAUGAUUCAUCUACGCCUUACAUGGCUUCAGCUUUCGGCAAAUCAUAAUGAUUUAGCAGCGGCAUUAAAAGAAACGCAAGAAUUACGGGUAACAUCAAUGAGCACUGCUCUUUUAAUAGUUUAUGUUGAUUCUGCUAAAAAUUUACCAUGUUUAAAAGGCAGUAAACAACCUGAUGUUUAUUUGGAAUUAAGUGUAGGUGGUAAAGUAGAGAGAACAAAAACAUUAUUAAGAUCUUGCAAUCCUGUGUGGGAACAAGGUUUCACUUUAUUAGUGAUAAAUCCUGAAACUGGAACUUUACAUAUAAAGCUCCAUGACGAAAAGACUGCGACAGUAAUAGGAACAUUGACUUACAAUCUUUCAUCAAUUUUGGCAAUGAACAAUUUGGAAGUAAAGUCGCAACCAUUUGACUUACAAAAAAGUGGAUCUGAAAGUAAAGUUUUAUUAUCAAUGAUUUUAAAAAUUUUAAAAUACGAGGAACCAGAAAUAACUUCGGAGGACGAAGAAGAGGACGAUAUACAGAAUUUAAAUAAAAAACUCAAUCGUCAAGAGUCAACUAUUUCCAGUAUCAUUACAGAUAGUCCUCUUAAACGCCAGCCAUCAAAAGAGUCUAUUCAAAGUGCUGUAGGCAAUGUAAUUCCUGCAAAAACUACUAUAUCUGCUAAUGAAAGUGUAGAGGAAGUAAGUCAGCGGGACUAUGCACCUGUAUCAGGUGUCCCUCUAUUUUCACCAACUCAAAACAACUCACCCGGAUUAAUUCGCAGAAAUCCAAGCGUCACUUCAUCAUCUGGUGAUUCAAAGCUUGGUCGAAUUCAAUUAACUAUGAAAUAUAGCAUUUCUAGACAAAAACUUAUGAUCAACGUACAUAAAAUUGCUAAUCUACCGCUACCAUCGAAUGAUCCAUCAAAUAUCCCAGAUCCUUAUGUCAAGUUGUAUUUGCUGCCUGAUCGACAUAAGGAUACGAAACGUAGGACCGCGGUAAUAAAGGACAAUUGCAAUCCCACCUUUGAUGAGCAAUUUGAGUACAUUGUGUCCCAAGGUGACAUCAAUACCCGAAUUUUGGAACUGUCAGUCUGUACGCAAAAAGGUUGGCUCUCGACAGGCAGUAAUUGCAUUGGUCAAACACUUAUAAAUCUGUCCGAGCUCGAUUUUACUCAAACUAUUACUAGCUGGUAUGAUUUGCAGCCAGAGAUGAAAACAUAAAAGAUGAUAAAGCUCUAAAGAUAGCUAUAUUAUUAAUUCUAUAAUUUGUAUUUCUCCUAACAAUAUUUGGUCGAAUAAUUUAUUAAAUAUAAGGCAGCUAGAAACUUAAU